AUGGCAUCGGUUUCGCCACCCAAGCCUUGGGAGAGAGCAGGUGCCGCAGCGAGCGGAAACGCAUUGUCAGCACCACCUACUGGCGGCCCAGUCGCCUCUUCUGCGAUGACUGCCACAGCCGCGGCGCCAGCCGCGACCACACCUACAACCGCCUCAACAACAUCUGCCGUCCCCGACCUUCCCUCUCGUCCUAAUUCGCUAAAUGCCGUCGUAAAUCGCACCGCAUCAAACUAUUCACCGUAUGGUGCCUCCCGGCUUGGAUCUAGCCCAUAUGGAGGGUACGGUGGCUAUGGCUCAUACUCCUCGCCAUAUUCCCGCUUUGGCACCAUGGGGUCAAUGUACGGAGGAGGGUAUGGAGGUUAUGGCGGCAUGUACGGUGGGAUGGGUGGAAUGGGUGGAAUGGGCGGGAUGUACGGCGGCAUGCCUGGUGAUCCCAACGAUCCCAACAGCUUGACCAAUUCUUUCAGUCAAAGCACACAAGCCACGUUUCAGAUGAUUGAAAGCAUUGUGGGCGCAUUCGGUGGAUUCGCUCAGAUGCUUGAGAGCACCUAUAUGGCAACUCAUAGCUCAUUCUUUGCAAUGGUGUCUGUCGCAGAGCAGCUCGGAAACCUGCGUACUGCCUUGGGCUCGGCCCUCGGAAUCUACACUAUGAUUCGGUGGUUCAAGACGUUGCUUGCUAAGAUUACCGGCCGCCCUCCCCCGGCAGAUGCCACUUCUCUGACUCCCGCUGCCUUUGCGGCAUUUAUGCACGGUCGGAGUUCGCCGGCCACCCUUCCGGACGGCUCUCCCGCACCCCCUAGGCCAUCGAAGAAGCCAUUCAUUAUGUUCCUCCUUGCUGUAGUCGGACUUCCUUACUUGAUGAGUAAACUCAUCAAGUCACUUGCCCGCUCCCAAGAAGAGCGCCAAAAGCUCAUGCUUGGGCCAAACGGCGAACCCGUACAACAGGCACCAUUGGAUCCUUCGAAGCUCGACUUCUGUCGGGUCCUGUACGACUACACUCCUGAGACCCAGGAGACCAACGGCAUUGACUUGGCCGUGAAGAAGGGCGAUAUCGUCGCUGUUCUUAGCAAGUCAGAUCCCACGGGCAACGCAUCGGAGUGGUGGCGAUGCCGUGCUCGGGACGGCCGUGUCGGGUAUCUCCCCGGGCCAUAUCUAGAGACUAUCCAGCGGAAGCCACAACAGCAGGCGAUCACAUCGGGCGGCGAAGCAAGCAGCCGUACCAACAGCAUGCAAGCUCACGUCUCGGAGGAAAUUCCGGCAAGCGAAAAGAAGCCUGAACUUAAAGGGAAGAUGGGCGACAUCUCUCCAGAAAGCUUCCAGAAAAGUGCUUUCUACUCGUAA